CUCGAUCCCAGGAUGCCGGAAUCACACCCUGAGCCAAGGGCAGAUGUUCAACCAUUGAGGCUCUGCGGGAUUCCGUUCAAUGGCCGAAAGUGAAGAUGCCCUCCUCAGACACUUAUUCCAAGGUUAUCAGAAAUGGGUUCGCCCUGUGCUAAAUUCCAAUGACACCAUAAAAGUGUAUUUCGGAUUGAAAAUCUCUCAGCUCGUAGAUGUGGAUGAAAAGAAUCAGCUGAUGACAACAAAUGUGUGGCUCAAACAGGAAUGGACAGACCACAAAUUACGCUGGAAUCCUGAUGAAUAUGGCGGGAUUCAUUCAAUUAAAGUCCCAUCAGAAUCUCUCUGGCUUCCUGACAUAGUUCUCUUUGAAAAUGCUGAUGGACGUUUCGAAGGCUCGCUCAUGACCAAAGUCAUCGUGAGGUCGAACGGCUCGGUCAUUUGGACCCCUCCCGCCAGUUACAAAAGCUCGUGCACCAUGGAUGUCACGUUUUUCCCAUUUGACCGGCAGAACUGCUCCAUGAAGUUCGGGUCCUGGACUUAUGAUGGCACCAUGGUUGACCUCGUUUUGGUCAAUGACAAUGUUGACAGGAAUGACUUCUUUGAUAACGGAGAGUGGGAAAUACUCAACGCAAAGGGGAUGAAGGGCAACAGGAGAGACGGCUUCUACUCCUACCCGUUCAUCACCUACUCCUUGGUCCUGCGCCGCCUGCCCCUGUUCUAUACCCUCUUCCUCAUCAUCCCCUGCCUGGGACUGUCCUUCCUGACAGUGCUCGUGUUCUACCUGCCUUCCGAUGAGGGCGAAAAGCUGUCCCUCUCCACCUCCGUGCUGGUUUCCCUGACAGUCUUUCUCUUAGUAAUUGAGGAAAUAAUCCCCUCUUCCUCCAAAGUCAUCCCCCUCAUUGGGGAGUACCUGCUGUUCAUUAUGGUUUUCGUGACCCUGUCCAUCAUUGUCACUGUGUUCGUGAUUAAUGUUCACCACAGAUCUUCCUCAACCUACCACCCCAUGGCCCCCUGGGUGAAGAGACUGUUUCUGCAAAAACUUCCUAAAGUGCUUUGUAUGAAGGACCAUGUAGACCGCUACUCCUUUCCAGAUAGAGAUGAGAGUCAACCGGUGGUGAAAGGCAAAGUUCCAGAAAAAAGGAAACAAAGGCAGGUUAGUGAUGGAGAAACAGUCCUUGUUGCUUUCUUGGAAAAGGCAGCAGAUUCCAUCAGGUACAUUUCGAGGCAUGUGAAGAAAGAGCAUUUCAUCAACCAGGUGGUCCAAGACUGGAAAUUCGUAGCCCAGGUUCUGGACCGCAUUUUUCUGUGGCUCUUUCUGAUAGUGUCAGUUACAGGCUCUGUUCUGAUUUUUACUCCUGCUUUGAAGCUGUGGCUACAUAGUUCUCACUAGCAAUCCGGGGCCGUCUGAAAUACCAGAAAGACGAAAUUAGAUCUUAGAGCUGACAUCCAGCUAGCAUGUACAUACGUAUCCACCUGCACGAGCUUUCUGGAAGGGCCUGUGUCAUCCUCGGGGAAACUGACAUUUGUAAGUGUGGGUUUGCCCACAGUAAAUCCAUGAUUGCCGCUGGAGCAAGUCUGGGGUUUAAGUAAAGCAGAACAUCUUCAGGCCCCCGCCUUGCCUUCCCCGGACAUUCAGGAAGUCAUACAUUCCAGGCUUGACAUCACAGCCAGGACGCACCAGGACUGUUGCUGGCUACUGGACUAAGGCCCCCAGGAAACUGGACUGAAGCCUCACCAAGGAUGCCCACGAAGAAUUUAAGACAGUCUUCGAGUCAAACUAUUUGCAUGCUCAGACCUGGGUCUCCUGCACCUACUGGUGUCCUUGCUGGUUUUGCCUAAGUUUGCAAACUGCUGCUGUGUGUUGUGCUGCUGUAGCAGUGUGCGUGAACAAAUCUCAACAGCCAUUUGGGGAAUUAAACCGGUUCCACAGAUCUGGCCCAGCCUGCUUGUUUUCACGAAGACUCCAAGAUGCUGGGUAACUAAACUCCUUCCUUUUCCCCCACAAACAUAGUAUUUGUUAAAGACAAAUUCUCUCUUGAAUGUGGUGACCUCAGGUGGUCUUCAUGGAUUAUUCAUAACAUUAUAAAGCUUUUCUGAUGGUGAAACUAGAACCUACUGUGAGUUGUAACUUGCUUAAAGGGCCAUAUCAAAAUUACUGACGAUAGAAACCAUGUCAUCUAUU